GAGAGAGAGAGAGAGAGAGCUCUUCCAACUGUGGUGCCAUGAAACCAGUACUUGCCCAAAGUUUCGUUUCCCUCCAAAUCCAACCGUUUAUUCCUCACCCCUUUCAAUUUUCCCACCAUUCUCUCUCACCCACCCCCUCAAAGCUCAGUAUCUCUCCCAAACCCCUCUCAAACCCAACCACUUUCAGACAAUCAACAAUCAAAUCGCAAAGAACCCACAUCUCCGAUCCCCAACCGACGACCCAAGACGAAGGCAUUCCCAUUGAUCUCGUCAAAACCCUAGUCAAAUUCAAGUCCAGGCAUAACUACAUUCGAGUUCUUGAAGUCUCCAGAAAAGCCGACCACCCAUUUGCUGGCUCAAGGCUUCUCUUACUUGAUGGCCCUGGGAACAUCCAUAGCAUCUCUUUCCUUUUCAAAUCACUCACCAACACGUACUUCGAUGUGUUCGCUACAUUGCCUCCAAUCUUGCCUCCGGGACCAGUGGGAAUUCUGGGAUUCGGAGCUGGAUCUGCCGCUCGGUUGAUCUUGGCAAUGUACCCACAAGGGGUUAUUCAUGGUUGGGAGCUUGAUCCUUCAGUGAUUUCAGUGGCAAGAGAGUAUUUUGGCCUCUUGAAGCUUGAAAAACAAUACCCAGAUAGGCUUUUCAUAUACAUUGGCAAUGCAUUGGAUGCUAGUGUUAGUUGCGGAUUUUCGGGUAUGUUGGUUGAUUUGUUUAGUAAGGGUUGUUUGAUUCCUGAGCUACAAGAUCCAAGAACAUGGGAGAGAUUGAAGAGGAGGUUGAGGGAAGGUGGGAGAAUAAUGGUGAAUGUUGGUGGCAGUUGUGUUGAAGCAGAGGAUUCACGAAGAGAUGGGAAGGUGACAAUGGAAGAGACUUUGGAGGCAAUGCAUAAGGUCUUUCCGGGGGAGGUUUGUGUUUUGAGUCUUGGAAAUCGAAAGGAUGAUAGCUCUCUUGCUCUUACCGGAGAAUUGCCGGAUGCAAAUGCAUGGAAGAUGGCAUUGCCCAAAUCUUUGAAGAUUUAUGUUGAUAUGUGGGAACCCAUUAAUGGGUGAAUUUGAUUUCUUCUCCUUCAUGCUUCGAUUUGUGGUGUUUGUGGUUUGGAUGUUUUAUAAUUCUAUAGGAAUGGUUUAUUCAAGGGAUUUAAGAAGGAAGGAAGAAGUAUUCAAGAACCAGAGUGGUUAUGCCGUCCUUGUGUUUGCUUUUAUUACAAUAUGAAAGUCAAGAAGACAAAUAUAUAGAUUUCUACAAUUUCCGCCAGCUGCUUGAAAGAUGCUGGAACCAAUAGUACCCCAAGGAAAGGAUCAACAAUGCAAGAAUUUCAUCAGGGAAACUGACUGAUCUAAUCUUCCAAGUUAUAAAAUCUUUUUGGAAUUAUUUUGGGUUACUGGUUGAAUAUCGUCUCUCCGUAUCGACAAUAAAGGUGGACCAUUUACGUAAGGACUAGAGUAUUCAUGAAGUCUCUCACGACUUAGUUCUAAGAAAUUAUUA